AUCCACAACUUUGCAAUUAACUAAGUAACUAGAGUACGCGCUCUGACUACCCCAACACAUCUCAACAUGCGCAUUUCCAAAGCUCCAACCAAUGAGGCAUUGAGCAUGCCAUUUCUCUCCAAGAACCCCAUUUCUCAUUUCCUCCAAACGCGCAAUAUCAGCAAACAAUCAUUCAAGACAUCCUCGACCAUUUCCCCCUUUCUGGCUCGAUUUGUUGUUCGCAGCCCGCUCCCGCCGCCGGUUAUUCGUACCGGUCUCGGACAUCUCACCGCGGACGCGAAGAACGGAGAUAAUAAUAGUAAAGUAGGAUCAAUACUAAUACAAAGAAACGCGCGAACUCACGGUUCCUCUUAUUUCCUAAAUCAAAACGUUCCGAGAGUAUUUUCGACAAGACGACAAUUCAGUUCUGAGUCUAAAGUCGCAACUAUGUCUGCGAACAAGGAUAUCGCUACGCUCGCCGAGGAAGUUAGGAAAGUCUUACCGGAGAGGUUUCGGGAUGAUGCGUGGUAUUUGAUUGUUGCCUCAACGCUCGUAGCAUGCAACAAGCCCGAAGAACUCGGACCUCUGUAUACAUACAUUACAGAAACGAGUUCCGGCACGGCGCUCAACUACGAAGCUCAAAAGCGAGUCAAAGCUCGAUUGAGCGAUUUGCUCAUGAAGGAAUGGACGCUUGUCGGAAUCCCAGUCGUCGUGAUAGCGAUUACUGCGCUAGCUAAAGUCGAGAAGGGAGUGAAGGAGGAGGAUGUCAAAGUUCCUGAGAAGAGAAAGUCCAUCGAUAUUAACAGUGCGAUUCCCGAGCGAGGAACUAAAUUCCUCCAAGCGGUGUAUAAGGAGAAUUUGGCUCCGAUCUUCGCCUCGUGGGGUUCCUACGGACCGGAUUUCGAGUGGAUGGAAAAAGCGGUUAUCUACGGUUUAUUCCUCUCUGAUCAUGAGGUACUCUCGCCUGUCGAGACGGAAUUGGUCUGCGUCUCGGCGAUCAUGUGCGGGGGCUGGAGGGCGCCUACGAUUUGGCAUCUGCGCGGUCUGAGGAGGAUGGGAGUAAGUGAGGCGGAUGUGGAGAUGGUGCAGCAGGCGAUUGAGAUCGUGGCGAAGUGGUCUGGGAAGGAUGUUACGGGGUGGCCGAGGGUCAAGGAUGUGCCAGAUGUUAUCGAUGAUUAAGACGGGGAAAUUCUGCGUUUACUGUUCAUGAAUUGUUUAUCCUGAAGAAAAGCAA